UAUUUCAAUUUCAAAUUUCAAUUCUGUUUUCAAGGACAAGGCUAUAUUGAUAGUAAUUCGUGUUCUUAUAAAUUACAAUCAAUUACAUUCAUAUUGGAAUCUGAGUGAAAGCCCCGUCUGUAUACAAAAAUUUUAAUUCCUCUUAUCAUUAAAAGAUAACGUUUCAGUGUUUUAAAUUUUGUUGUUAAAUAAUCGUCAUUGAGCCAUGUCAAGUCAAAAUAAUGAGACUGACUUAUUGAAAAGUAUUGACGAUGUACCUGAGUUGAAUAAAGAGAAUGUUCAUAUUCCGAACAAGGAAGAAUUGUUGCAUAAACUGAACAAAAUGAUUAAGGAUGGCCACAGCAAGCUACAGAUCGUGACUGACUUUGAUCACACUUUAACCAGACACACAAUGGAUAAUGGCAAAUCUGUGUUAACUAGUUUUGGCAUGUUCCGGGAAUGUCCAUCAAUUCCUCAGGACUAUAAGGAUGAGGAGAUUAGGCUGGCCUCAAUAUAUAAGCCGAUAGAAGUGGACCCAGUUAUGAGCAUUGAGGAGAAAACAAAGCACAUGAUUGACUGGUAUCAGGCAGCGCACAAACUAUUGCAAGGAAUGAAAUUUCCCAAGCAGGAGUUAAUGGAUAUUGGGUACAAAAUGGUGGAAUGUUUUAGGAGGGGCGUGCAGGAGCUGAUCCUGUGGAGCCAGCGGCAGCAGGUACCAGUGCUGGUAUUCUCUGCAGGCCUCGGAGAGUCAGUGCUUGCCGCACUCAAGGCUGCAGAUUUUCUGUUGCCACAUGUUAAGGUGAUAUCAAAUUUCCUGGCAAUGGACGAGUCUGAUACAAUAGUGGGUAUCAAGGGUGAGGUUAUCCACACAUACAACAAGAACGAGGCGGCGAUCAAAGACACGGAGUAUUUCUCUCUGGUGCGAACAAGACACAACGUUCUACUGAUGGGAGACAACAUCGGCGAUGCCGGCAUGGCGGAGGGCAUGGACCACUGCGACGUCGUCCUAAAGAUCGGCUUCCUCGGCCGCAACGCUCGUCCCAACUUGCAGAACUACCUCAACAAGUUUGAUAUUGUGUUGGUGGACGAGCCCACCAUGGAUGUACCUAAUGCUAUACUAAAACGUUUGUUGUGAUUUAAGACUAAUUUUAGUUAAUUUGUUUUUAUUUAAUAAUUCUCGUAUGCAUUGCGAAUGCAUCUGAUGAGAUAUCGAUUUUGUUGACAGCAUAAAGUGGAAAUAUUUCCAUGCAUUAUGAAGGUCUGUUGAAUUACUUUGUAUAUCAAAUGUGCUUUAUAUAUGCAUCUUUUUUUAUUCGUGAAACUAUUUUAUUAGUAAUUUUUACUAUACACCAACAAUGGUAUUAUACUAAAAUGUCUUGAGUCUGAAUCAUAAAUUACAGUUUGUGGAAUAAGAAAAAGUUUGGUAAAAAUAUAAAACAAACAAACUAACAUUUUUUGCGAAUGGAUUUUUUAUAACAUA